ACAUCCUCGCCCUGGCUAGUGCCGGCGUGCUAGAUCCCUAUGCACGUGCGAAAAGCAGGUAGAACUGUAUGCAGCACAAUGCUCGUCGUCAACUUGCACACAGCUGUCAGAGGUCUCAGGCCGCUCAUUAUUAGCGGUGGCAAGUCGAGUCACAGUUUGAACUCUCUCCGCAUGAUGACGACCAAAGUCUCUGUGUUGGACCCGUCAAGACCAAGACCACAGCUUCGCGAGUGCAUCCUGGGAGCGCCGGACGAGCCUGGUUGUUACAUCUUCGAGUCGCGAGAUGGGCGCAAGCUGUAUAUCGGCAAGAGCGUUAACCUCUCCUCGAGAGUGCAAAGCUAUUUCAGCAGCAGCAGCAGCAGCAGCAGCAGCGCGGGCAACGGCGCUGAACAUGCGAUGCGUCCCGGACGGAAUCUGUCGCGCCGCAUCGCGGUCAUGACAGAUCUUGUAGAAAGAAUCGACUAUAUUGUCACGGCGUCAGGAGCAGAAGCUCUUCUACUAGAGGCGUCCCUCAUCCGACAGCACCAGCCACCGUUCAACGUCCUUCUCAAGGAUGACAAGCAAAAUUACCCGUACGUCUGCGUCACCUGGAGCGAGCCUUACCCUCGUGUCCUCAUCACCAGAGAUAAGCCACGCCGCGGUGGAGGGUCAGAAGACCGAUACUACGGACCCUUUGUGGACGCGGGACAGGUCAAGUCCACCGUCGCUCUCGUCCGGCGCGUACUCCCCCUACGCGAACGCGCCCGUCCCCUCUACAAGGACAAGCCUUGCCUGAACUAUGACAUGGGCAUCUGCCCGGGGCCUUGCCAAGGUCUCGUUUCUGAGGAGGAUUAUGCCGAGACAGUUCGGCUGGCGGAGAUGGUAUUCCGGGGCGAGGGCACCCAACUCCUCUCCACGCUCCAAGGGCGCAUGGAGAGCGAGUCUCGCGCAGAGAGGUUCGAACGAGCAGGGGAGAUCAAGGCACAAAUAGCCCUUGUGCGAGGGGGGCUGUUGGGAUCGUCGCUGCAUUUUUCAGCCGGGGGCGUAGCUGCCGGCGGCGGAGGGGACCGAGGAGGGCUCCAGCCCAGAGGAGACGGCGCCAGGGCUUCCUCUGCGGAAGGCGGCGGGUCCCGCAAGGACGUUGUGGCGGUGGGGCUGGCCGGAGGCUUGGCGUGCUUCCAGGUGUUCCAGGUGCGAGGCGGCCGUCUCAUUGGCCGGCUGGGUUUCACGUACAGAGUGGAGGAGGAAGGAUUGUCGAGAGGAGAGGUCCUGCAGGCGUGCCUGGAGCGGUACUGGGGAGACGUGCUCAAGUCCGCGCCGACCACAGCAGGCGGGGUAGGAGACGAGGUGGGCGACAGUCUUCCAUCCCGGGCAUUGAACGGCAACGCUGGGGCUAAAAGAGGGAAAGGAGGGGGAUUUUCUGUUCUGGACGUGCCAGAAGAAAUCGUCACAGCCGACGCGCUGCCCGAGGGUGGGGCGGUCUUACUCGCGGAGCUCCUUUCUGGCGCCAGGAAAGCAGCAGCCGGCGCGCAGCGCGGGGCACAAGUGACCGGUCGGGGCGAAGGCGGUUCUUCUAGAGACCUGACGACGGAGAAAGCAACAACUGGGAAGGCGCGGGGCAAGAGGUCGGUGGAUAAGAGUUACCCGCCAGCGGUUGCGGUGAGGGUCGUCCACGGCGAGAGCGGCGCGGGGGAGCGGUACCAUUUGUGUGUGAUGGCGCUAAAGAAUGCAGAGCUCGAAGCGAAGCGCCUGCUUCGGGGCGGCGAAUCGACCGCGCGGGGGCUGUCCCAGCUCGCGCGGAUGCUGGGCCUUGCCUCAGGCCCCGCUCGGAUAGAGGGCUACGAUGUAAGCCACACCGGGGGCGGAAACGCGGUGGGUUCCCUGGUCUGUUUCUUGGACGGCAAGGCCAGCCCCAACAACCACAGGCGGUACAGAAUCAGAUCGCCCGGAAUCAGGAAGGGGCAUUCCGACGACUUCGCCAGCCUGAGAGAGGUGAUCGCCCGACGUUUUUCGCCUCCGGCUCCUCCUCUUCGAUCGCCGUCGCCACCCUCACAAGCCAAUCCGGUGCCUGAGCUAGUCCUCAUCGACGGCGGGAAGGGCCAGCUGGCCGCGGCCCUGGAAGGAGCGGCGAUAGCGGCCGAUGCGUGGCUUUCUGUCGAGCGUGGGGGAACGACCACGCUCACUGACUGGGAUACCGAGCCCGUCGUCGGCGCAGCGGCCGCCGUUGACACCGGGUCCCCUGGCGCACCACCGUUAGAAAGCGGAGAGCUUGCCGGGACGGCCCUCGUCGACGACGCAGUGCGAAGGGACCAAGCUUCAUGGUCGGCGCUACCCCCGCUGGUGGGGGAGAGGACAGCCCAGGAGGAAGACCCCGACGCGAUUUUGUCGACAGCGGCGGUUCCCCCGCCGGAGUCGUCGAGCGGGGACGUGGCAGGUGCCCGGACCGUAGACGUCGGCGGGGGAAGGAGAGUCACAUUCGUUUCCUUGGCCAAGAAAGCAGAGGAGGUUUACGUGCCUGGGUCGAGUGAACCACUGGCGGCCGCUCUCGAGGCGGGUCCGUCUUCGCCGGGGGUAAUGGUCUUGCGGCAGGUGCGAGAUGAGGCCCACCGCUUCGCCGUGGCGUACCACCGCAAGCUCCGUGGCAAGGACAUGUUCCUUCCAGGACGGGAUAGUGUUGCGACGGAAGAAACAGAUAGCGUUAGCGGUGGCGGUGGACAGCAAGAUUUCGAGUCCAUCGCAGGGCUAUCCUCCAAGGCCAGGAACGAGCUCACGAUCACCUUUGGCUCUCUGGAGGGAGCAAGGAUAGCGGGAGAGGCGGAAUUGAGGAGAAUACCCGGGAUCGGCCCGGUUCUCGCAAAGAGAAUUAUGGCGUGAGGAGAGCGCACGAACAAAGCGAAGAUGGUCGAAGAUGGUGCUUAUCAGGGAGGUUACUCGGUAUCUGUUGUACGCCUCGUGGGUAAAACAGCAGUCGACUUUUUUAGGCGUGUUCUCCACGUACAGGAGCAAGGCGUCGAGUGCUGACUGGGUUCAAAUCUAAAGUAUAUAGGGGAUUCGUGCUUUGUUGCUGCUUGAGUGGGGGAUAUGACAGGAGCAUCAUUGCCGGGUAAACGCUGUCUCUGUGUGUGUUUUCGUCCUAUUUGUUGUGGCGACAGUCCCCCCAUUUUUCGUGGUGAGACGUGUACGAUACUUUUCAGUGUAUUUUUUCGUACGUCUACAACCAUCCAGGGUCACACAGGAGGGGGUAAACACCAGGGCUUUGUACUUCUCUUUAUUUCUUUUCAUGCCCCACCUUCCUCCUGCGGUGCGUGCUGAAUGUUAUUUUUAUCGCGAGAAGGGUCCAGCCGUCCCUUUCCCUCGUCAACGGUGCUAACGUCGAAGAUUGGUACUCACGAGAACUUGUCAGCUAUAUUUCGCUUUCACCCGCACAUUUCGUAUUUUUUUCACCCCAUGGGGAUUC